AAAAUCUUUAUUUUAAGAAAUAAAUAAAUUUUUAUUUUAAAUAUAUAUAUUUUUUCAAAUUCAUAAUUUAUAUUAUAAAUAUUUAUUAAAUAAUCUAAUUUAUAUUAUCACACACCAAUUCUAAUAUAAAAUAUAAAUAAAAAUAUUUAAUAUGAUGUAAUAAUUGAAUAACAUUUAAUUAUAAUAUAUAAACUUAUAUAACUCUAUAAAUAGUAAUAUAAUAUUUUAUUGAAAUGUUAAUGCAUUAAUUUUACAAUAAAAAUGUAAAAUAAUCAAUACAUAAAAGUUCCUUUUUCCGCUAAAACGUUCACUUGUUUUGCCAUUUGAUGAGGUUUGGAAUAUUACGAAAAAAUUAAAUUUCAUCGUUAUUAACAUAAUAUUUAAAAGAUGCCUUGUCCACUAUUAGCAGAUUCUAUUACUUUAGAAUUGGAAGCUCAGGAACCAUGGCCUCAAGAAAUUAUCUUAUAUCAACCAUAUGAAGUUGAACAAAUAUUACUACCUGAUAAUGCAAAUUGUUUAGCUGUGCAAGCUUUUCUUAAAAUGUGUGGCAUUGAUUUUCAAAUAGAACCAAGGAGCAAUGCAGAAUAUAUGUCCCCAUCUGGUCGUGUACCAUUUAUUAAAUGUGGAGCAUUUUUAAUACCUGAAUUUGAUAAUAUUGUGUCAUUCAUAGGAAAUAAAGGCACAAGUUUGUCUGAUCAUUUAACUGCAAAUUGCAAGGCUGAUAUGAGAGCUUAUAUGUCAUUAGUAAACAAUGUUUUUGUAAAUGCUGAAUUAUAUAUUUGUUGGGUUGAUGAAUUAACUUUAAAUGAAGUAACUAAAGUAAGACAUGGAAGUGUAUAUCCAUGGCCAUUAAAUCAUUUUUUAAAUUGGCAAAAAAGAAAAGAAGUUAUAAAAAAACUCAAUGUACUUGGAUGGUAUAAUAAAACUAUAGAAGAAGUAUGCGAAGAAGUAAAAAAUUGUUGUACAGCAUUGUCUGAAAGAUUGGAGGGUAGUGAUUACUUUUCUGGAGAUAAGACACCUAAUGAAUUGGAUGCCUUAGUUUUUGGACAUAUUUUUACAAUAAUUACAACACCAUUACCUGGUAAUAAACUAGCAAAUAUUGUCCAGAGUUAUCCACUGCUUGUACAUCUCUGCAAACGCAUUGAAAUUAGCAUUUUUUCUCCUCAAGCGAUAGGAAUGAAAUAAAAUAACAAAAUGUUGGAGGCGAGAAUUAAGUAACACGACUUUGGAGAUUUUCAUAUGUAUAUUCUUGGAAAACGACAGGAAUGCAUAACCGAUAAAAGGUAUUCGUAAAUUAGACGUUUUAUAAAUUUUGUUUUUUUUAUUUGUCAAAUAUUGUUGAAAACGAUUAUGUUUAAUGAUCAUUGUUUAUUUUUUCUGCGAUAAUUAUUUUCAAUGUACUUGUUAUCAACAUUUAUUUUUAAUUUGAUUAAACUAUUUAAAAGAAUUAUGUACAAUAACAACUGUUCUCAUAUUAAGUAUAUGGUGUUAAUUGACAAUAAGUACCUUUUUAUCAUAAAAAUUGUAUAUAUUUAAUUAAUAAUAUUUGUUAUUUUGUACUUUAAAUAACUCUUAUCCAUUAUUUACUUUAAUUGAAAGAUUUUGUUAGUUACACGAACUAACUUAUAUUUUUGUGUAAAAAAUAUGUAUAUUAUUAUUAAUGUGCAUUAAUUUUUCAAUGCAUAUUUAUAUUACAUAUAUCUUUUACACAAUAUGAUUUUAUUACUCUUCUAGUCAAUUCAAUUUAUAGCAUAUUUUUGUGUGAAAUUGUAAAAUAUUUUUAAAUAUUAUAUGUAAAUAAUAUAAUGAUGUACAAUAACGUUUAAAUUAAAUGUAAGUUAUUGGAAUAAUAUUCGAAUUAUUUUUUUCAUUUUUUUAACUAAUUUGCGAAAUAAAUAUUUAAUGACAAUUGCAUAAUUAUCCCCUAUAAUUAUGAUAGUAUAUCUGUUACAUAUUUCUUGUCUCCAGCGUUUAGUUAGAAUAAACAAAAAUUAUAUUUUCAUCUUCAAUUUUUUUUAUUAAAACUUAUAUUUUAUUAAUAGAGAAAAAUUCUUGUUUCGAAAUAUUGUUUGUAAUUUAAUACCUUUGCGUAUAGGAAUAUCAUUAAAUAAAUAGCAUUUAUUUUCUAAUCACAACAAUUUAUGUUUAAAUAUAUUCAUUCUUCAAUGAUAAAUAAAAGAUUAAAUAACA